AUGAGUUCGUUUUUAACGGACAACUAUGACGAUGGUGGCGUGGAGAUUCCGCUUUUGGUAAAGCCACCUCCCAUGUCACCUUCAUUGGUGCUGAACCAAGCCAUGGCUCGGACUACGCCUAGUAGUAGUCGAAAGAUGAACCGUAUCACUUUCAGUCCUUCGGAUGUUUCCCGAUCCAUCAGUGGUUCUAGCGAUGAUGGCAGCGAUCGUUACUGUGCAGAUUUGGCGUGUAUGGAGUUCUUUCGAUCCCCUCCUGCUACUGCUACUACUCGUAGUAGCAGCAGCAACAAGAAGCGACCCUUGAGUGCUCCUACAGCAUUGCAGAGAAGAAUGUCAUUGCCGUCGUUACAAAAUCAAAUGCAAUCCAUCAUUCGACUCCAGGCUUGGUGGCGCAGAAUCCUCGCCAUGCAGCACUAUCAGACCAUGAGAGUAUGUCGCCAACUCCUGCAACAACUACAGCUACAGAGUACUGGUAGUGCCUAUCAAGAAUUACAACAAGCUGUGGCAGCUCUGCAUGUCAAGACACAGCAACAGCUUCAACAACAAGACCAACGGUCCAUUACUGGUACCAGCCACAGUCCCAACCAACCUUCAAGAGACACACUAACUGCUUUUCACAGUUCAUCUCUCGUCGGAGAAGAAAAGAAAGAUGAUCGAUUCAUUCAAACCAAACUCUCAGAGGAUUCCUCGCUACUAUAUGGACUGGGGGAUGACACUAGUUACAUCUCGGAAGAUCCUCUCUUGUUGGCACACGCCAGCCAACGGCUACAACAACAACAACAACAACCAGACACCAAUGCUGACAACAACAACAUAUCCUCACAUCUCAGGCAGAACCGUAAGCCUACCAAAGAAAUGAUGGCCUUGGAUACGAUAUAUGCACUUCAGCUGGCACUCGACAACACAGACCCGGAUUCACAGCUCUACUUUUCCAGGCAAGAGCUCAUGUCACCUCACAGAGAUGUCAUUGCUCGACAACAACAACAACAGAAACAAGUGUCGCCACAGCAAUCUUCACAAGGUGAUUCACAAGGCGAAGAGGACAUAUUCCACAGCCCUUUGCCAGACGUGUCCAACAUUCUGGAAUCAGCAACCUCAGAAUCUUUUGAUGACUGUCACUCGGAUGAGAACGAAAGUGUCCACGACAUCUCAUUGGCCAUGGACGACCGGAACGUCAGUACAUCUUCGGCCUACAAUGUACUCCGCUUCUUUGGAUUCGUGCAAGACAAGGUUAUCGAAGAGGAAGUAUUUCACACUGAAAAUGUGUAUCAUGACAUCAUGGAUUCGGAAGGGCAGGAUGUCAUCAAGGAACUUGACGAGCUAUUCGCAGUGGCCGAAGAGGAAGACCAAGUGUCGGUCGUCCAUGAACUGCAAUCACCUACUGCUGCUCUGGACCCAUCUUUCUACCAGUCUCUUGACGACACAUCGUUCUUCCAUUCCCUCAAUGAGACACGUGUCGCAACUCCGCUCAAAAUGUACUCGCAAAACGAAGCACGAGCUGCCAAAGUAAUCCAGGAUUGGUGGAGACAGCUCGUUCUGCGACGGAAAUGGGAAACACUUCGUGUUUGCUCCACAAUCCUACGCACUGUACAAUAUGCCAGCCAUGCAACUCCAAUCUCUUCCUACAGUUACCCCCCACAACCCACCGUAGAAAACUCCUAUCCAGCCACUUUUUAUCCUGAGCUACAGCAUGCAAUUCAAUGGCUGAAGGCCAAGACGCACCGACAAGUAUCAGUCCGAAACUACCUGAAACAGUCUCUGCAAAAAGAAGUCGCUUGCCAAAAGAUUCAAAAGUGGUUUCGAACUUGUUCGCGAAGACGCAACCUGGAACUUCAACGACGACAACAGCUAGAGGCCGAAUACCAUGAGAACAGCCUGUUCUUGGCGGCCCUUGCCAUUCAGGACUGGUGGAGAGGAGUUGAUCUCAAACGGCACGCCAAACAACGUCGGGUCUUCUUACGACAACGGCUCGAACGCAGAGAUUCUCUCAGGAAGAUUGAAGAAGCCAAGCGGGACGAGCAUCGGCGACGAGAGCGAGCAGCCAAAGUUCUACAAGGAUGGUGGAGAGUUUGCCAGAUGCAACAGAUUAUGACUGAUAUUGAAAGAAUAUCGGAGAGGGGACGCAGCAGUAGUAGUCUCUUGUUGGAGGAAGCCUUGGCAGAUGAUGUUUCGUCGAUAGCUUCCUCUGCAAGUGACGGCGGAGACGCAGAAAUUCAAAAGUGGGCAUUGGAGCGACAAAGGCUUGCCGAGCAACGUUACAUGACGUUGGUAAACAGCUGCCAAAUAAUUCAACAAACAUGGAGGGCCGGCAUGAGAAGGCAAGUCGCAAGAAAACGAAGAAAAAUGGCGAUUGACGCCAUCUCAAGAACGGAAAAUGGCAUCUACACUUAUCCAAUCACACUGGCGGCGGUUCAAGACCACUAG